GUGUGUCAGAAAAGGGAGAAAGAGUAACAAAAUGUGCAGUGUUUGGGGCCUCCAGGAACAGGGUUGGGAACCACUGUCCUAAGGGUUAGUUGUACUUUUUACAUAUGGCCCACAUGAGAAGUUGAUUUGUCUUUGAAUCGGAACUUAUUAUCGCAGGAGGCGCGGAGCGCGUGAAAGGGGCGCUUUGAGUUGAACGUCAAGUGGCCGCGAGACACUCGCGCGUCAUGAUGCUACGGAACAGCAUGACUUCCACUGUGCAGAAUAUCGCCAAACAGGCGCUCACGACCUUCCGAAACCCCUCUCUUGUCGGAGAGCACAAUAAAAUGUUUUGGGACAACCAGAACAAGCUCAAAAGCCUUUUGGCGGAGGUCAGAGCGGUCGAUUUGAAGAAUGUCGCCCGGGACGCUGAGAGCGCCCCAAUGCCGCCCGCGCUUCUCGGUCCUCCCGUUACAUACAUGCACAUCUAUGAGACCGACGCCUUAAGCAUGGGAGUGUUUUUAUUAAAACCGCUGCAUGAUCAUCCGGGAAUGUAUGGUAUGCUCAUAGUGAUCAACGGAAAGGUCCGAAUCAGCUGUUUCGACAGGCUGGAUAAACCCAGAGACGGUGCCAGCGGCGUGCAGUUCAACCCUCCGUUAGUGCCCCUCCAGAAAGGCUCUCUAAGAGCCUCGGUGUGGAGAUCGGUGGGGGAAUACACGGAGAAAAGCGGCCCGUGUGUGCGGUCACCUCAGAGGGACAACAUUCACCAAAUAGACGCUGUUGACGGACCCACCGCUUUCCUUGACAUUUUGGCACCCCCGUAUGACCCGGAUGAAGGGAGAGACUGCCAUUAUUACAAAGUCCUUCAUGCCAGUUCAGAGGCCGCGGAUAGAAAGCGUGAAGCCCAGGAAGCACCAUGUGACCUGUGGCUUAUGGAAAUCCCACAGCCUAGUGUAUUCUGGUGUGGUGGUGAACCUUACCCAGGGCCUAAAGUGUCCCUCUGAAAGACUUGAGAAUAUACUGGGGUUCUGUAAAUCACAGCAUUGUGGGUUCUCUUUCAAAUGAGUCUCAUACCCUGUCAUACAGGGUUACAUCAACCCUCCUGCACUUUCAGUUGCCGAUUGUCUUGUGGCCUCUCUGAUCUUGCCCAAUUUCUUUAAAGUCCAUACAUUUUCACCAUAUGCAUGCAGUCUGUGUCCUGAAUUUCUAUUCAGAAGAGAUUCAACUGUUGCCUGGAUUUACUUUGUAUAAUUUGGGAUAAUUUCCAAAGUUAACAGCAAAUGUGAGAUUUGUUGUAAAUGUGUAUCACAGCAGUUAAUCAGAGUAGGAAUCUAUAUCUUUUUUCUGUAUGUAAAUAUUGCUACAAUGCACUAUGCCAUCAGGGCCAGCAAAUGCCACAUAUAUGGAUACUUUCCUGAACACUCCUAACAAUGAUUCUGGUUCAUGUCCUAAAACAAAGCAUUUAGCCAGACUGUCAAAUUUGAAAACCAUUUUAAAUAUGCAGAAUGUGUCAUGAAUUUGAUAACUACACUAAAGGCACCAAGUAACUUAAAUUCUGUCAUGACUGGAGUAGAAUUAAUGAAUAAAAUAUAAGACAAU